GAGUGUUGGACGUCUUGAAGUUGCAAAUUCGUUGCAUUAUCCUCUUUGGUAAGAGCGAAAAUUUCGAACCCAAGCUCCAGUUCACGGAUUUCGUAAAGAAUUUGAUUAGAAAUGAAGAUUUCCUGUUCGACCACCUUCACAACUAUACCUGAAUCUUCAAUCUAUUGUCUUUCUAAUCCAUGGAAGCCAUCGUCUUCUCUGAAAUCCACGGGCAAACGAACUUCUAAGAUUCUACUCGUUGGCUCCCGUAAUUUGUCCCUGCGAUUGUCUCCGCGACGUUCGAAUUCCCUGUCCCCAAAUCGGUUUCGUUCUCUUUGCUGCUUCAAUGCUAAAGAUGAAUCCGGCGGCGAUUUUCAACAGAAGGGAAAUGAGGGUGGAUGGCCUAUCUUGAGGCGGUGGGAGGUGCCAUGGGGAUGGCAAACAGUUUCAUUAACUUCACUAGCUUGUGGAUUAAGUGUUAUCGUGACAGGCUUGGUUGAAUCUGCUGCCAUUCCUUAUCUUGGUAUUCGCAUUGAAGAGCUAGGCUUAGAUGAGAAAGCUGAAAUACUUCUCCUGAACCAAGGCAUUGCAACUGUGGCAGUGCUUGGGAUCAUAUACAGCAUUGCCAACACUUUCCAACCACUUCCUGAUGACAUUUAUCGUUAUGAUAUUAGGGACCCCUUGAAUCUGCAGAAGGGUUGGCUCUUAUGGGCAGGAGUGGGUCUAGUGGGUGCCCUGGCUUCUAUUGCAGUGACAGGAGCCGUCUUGUCUUCAUUUAAUGGCGGGAGUACUCAAAGAGAGACAGAUGCUCUAGUACGCUUGCUCCCACUAGUUGGAUCUUCCAGCAUCAGCACUGCUUGUCUGGUGGGCAUCACAGGGGUCCUUGCUCCAGUUCUUGAAGAGACCGUGUUUCGUGGAUUUUUUAUGGUGUCUCUUACUAAGUGGAUUCCCACGCCAGUUGCCGUUCUGAUUAGCGCAGCUGUGUUUGCCCUUGCUCAUUUCACUCCUGGAGAGUUCCCCCAGCUCUUUGUGCUUGGAACUGCUCUCGGAUUUUCUUAUGCUCAAACUCACAACCUCUUGACCCCCAUCACCAUUCAUGCUUUGUGGAACUCGGGCGUCAUUUUACUUCUAACCUUUCUUACGCUCCAAGGUUACAAUAUCAAGGAGUUGUUGCAGACAACAUGACGCAAGGGAGGCUUCUUUUCAAAUUCACAAUCUGUGCAACCGAUCAUCGUUUGCAUACUGUUGCGUUGCCUUUAAUGGGAUCAAAUCCUCUAAUAGAAACACCAAAAUAAGUGACCU